UUUUCACAAUAUAUCAGUCUUUCUUAAAGCAUGGAGGGGAAAACAUCUACUAAGAUUUCAAGACGCAUCAUUCUAACUCUGUUGUAUCUGAGUUUCACCUGUUUCCAAAAAUGCGAAUCAACUUCCGAUUCACUAUCUUCCAUUAGUGAUCCCAGUAUUGUGGUCAUAGGUGCAGGAGCUUCUGGUAUUGCGGCUGCAACUAAAUUAGUGGAACUAGGAUUCCACAAUGUACGAGUCAUAGAGGCGGAGAACAGAAUUGGUGGUAGAAUCCAUACUAUACCGUUUAGAACGAAUGUUGUAGAGUUGGGAGCUCAAUGGUGUCACGGCGAAAAGAAUAACGCCGUGUAUGAGAUGGCAGAAAAAUUCGAUCUAUUCGGUAGGACGUUAUCGGAAUACAAUCGACUUGACACUGUGUGGUCAAAUGGCACAAUUGUUCCGACCAAUGUGAGCAACCAUUUGAUGGAAAUAUUUCAAAAACUGAUAAAAGAAACCAAAAGUAGUAAGGGAUACCCCGAAGGAAGUUCACUCGGUUCGGUCCUAAGAAAAAGUUAUAUGGAUUUUUUCGCCGAGCCUGAAAACACACAUAUUGAACAUGAGUUGGCUACCCAAUUUUUUAAAAUGUACUCUGCAUCGGAAUGUGCAUCCAUAGGCUGUAGUAACCUGACGGAGGUUUCAAUACCUGGCUAUUUUACUUAUAUCGAAAGUGAAGGCAACCAGAUCAUAUAUUGGAAAGAGCGCGGAUACGUCACAAUUUUAGAUAUAAUGAUGAAAAAAUACCCGGAAGGAGGUCAAAGCACUAAUUUACUCGAAAACCGUAUUUCAUUGGGGAAGAAGGCGAAAGAGAUUAUUUGGGAUGGCAGAAAGAAUUCUAAAGUUCUUAUUAAAACUGAAGAUGGAGAUGACAUUGAAGCUGAUCAUGUUAUCGCCACAAUGUCGCUUGGGGUCUUGCAAGAGAGCCAUUCAAAACUUUUCAACCCAGCACUACCACCUGAAAAGGCUCGCGCCAUUGAGUCCUGGCAACUCGGUACGGUGGAUAAAAUGUUGAUCGAAUUCGAGAAGCCAUUCUGGCCGUCCAACUGGGAAGGAUAUACUUUGUUGUGGAGAGAGAAUGAUGAGUUAAACUUUCCGAAGGAGAAGAAAUGGUUAUUAGAUGUUAUUGCAUUUCAUCCUUUUCCACCUCAACCUAACGUGCUAUUUGGUUGGAUUACUGGCACGAGCGCACGAUACAUGGAAACGCUACCAGAAGAAGAAGUCCUCGAAGGGAUAAUGUUUCUGCUGAGAAAAUUCAUGCCAUGGAAUGUCUCAGACUCAAUUUCAUUCAAAAGGACUAAGUGGUAUUCAAACCCGAACUUUCGUGGAUCUUACUCCUUUGUUCCGGUGAAAGCUGAGAAAGCUGGAGUCACUGCUAAAGAUUUAUCAAAGCCGAUUACACAGCAAGCGGGUGGGUUGCCUGUAUUGUUAUUCGCAGGUGAAGCCACGAAUGAUCAUUCCUACUCAACCGUUCACGGUGCUAUUGAAACAGGCUGGCGAGAGGCUGAUCGGAUUGCCAGUUUCUAUGCCAAAAAGAAUACCACGCAACCUUUAUAAUUACGAAACAUAAUUCGUACAUGAAUGAAAAUUUGAAAAUGGAGACACAAAAUCGAAUAAAUCACAAAAACCAAAUAAAUGACUAACAAUUAUA